UCACAAAGCUUAUUAGCCGUAUUUCUGCUUGAUCUUAAUCGCUCAGCCAAACGUGCACGCCAAGUAGGCUGCUGUGUGUGCAAAAUAUAUGACAACUGCAUGACAAAUGCAUGAACGGAGCCGGGGUAAUUCGGUGCUUUUAAACUCGACAGCUGAUUGGGCAUAACUGCGCUGGCACGUGAAGAAUUAUAAAUAAAAAAGAAGCAUGUUUCUCGUCUGUCUGAUAAAAAUACACAGUAAUGAACACACGGCUCUACUUUUAGUUAGGAUACUCUGACGACGAUCCCGGGCGGACGCAGCAAGCUUGCUGCCAGGCAGCUAGGCAGAAACGCUCCUAGUUUUGGCGGGAGAGAGGAGCGCCUACGCGUUAUUCACAGACGCCGUUACGUCAGCUGCGUAACUGAGCACGUACCGGCCGGGAGUUUGGGAGGUGCGGGUCUGUGCCGUACGCACGAACCGAAUUGCACGUUUUAAACCCGCCUGAGAUGUGGAUGUAGCGCAUCCCUGCCGUUAUAUCGCCCGGACGUGUUUCUACACCAGCAGGAUGGCGGCGGUAGUCACGGCGUCUGUGGAACCAGGGCUGGACCCGAGCGGGACGGAGGGGGACGGCCGCGAAAACAACACCGAGGAGGAGAGCAGCCAGCCGGCGGCUCCCGGACCCACCUCCCGCUUGGCCAAGCUGCCGCUAUCCCGUAUAAAGGCCCUGAUGAAGGCCGAUCCAGACGUAUCCCUAGCCAGCCAGGAGUCCGUCUUUAUCAUUGCUAAGGCCACGGAGCUCUUCGUGGAGAUGAUAGCCAAGGAUGCGCUGGUGUUCGCCCAACAGGGAAAGAGGAAGACUCUGCAGAGGAAGGACCUGGACAACGCCAUCGAGGCUGUGGACGAAUUCGCCUUUCUGGAAGGUGCUUUGGACUGACGGAUUGGGCUUCACUACUUCAUUCAGAAGUCCUCGAAGACGACCUGAUACAGACACAUACCCCUGCCCACACUGGAGGAAUUCUUCUGUAUUUACAGUACUUACUUUCAAAGUGUUGCAUUUUUGUAUGACUUUUAAAACAAAUAAAUUUAUUUAAAUUUUC